AUGCCACGUAAGCUACGUAAGAAUAUACGUAAGAGGAAGGGAGCAUUGAAACAUCCAAUAGUAAAACUAACACCACAACAACAGUUGCAACAACAAAUUAUGAAUGACCCCACUAUGUUGCAACAAAUGUCAAGCAACCCUAUGCUUUUAAACCGAGUUAUUGGUGCACAGAGUGGAGGUUUAAGAGCGGCACUUUUAGCGAAAAUGGCAGGCUAUGGUGGAGCUGCAGACGGAACAGCUUAUAACCCUCAAAGUCAAAUGAAUUUGAGUUCACUCAAAAAUCAAAUAACAGAUGUCAAAAAGUCAAACAUAGACAUACAGAAACAAAUAAGUGAAAACGAAAAGAAACUAGAAUAUGACAGACACACAAAGAAACUCAAUGAGUUAAACGUAGAGAAAAAGAAGAAAGAAGAACAACUGAAAGAACUAAGUACAGAGGAAUAUGCGAAAAAAGUGUCAGAAAAAGCAGCAGAAGUAGCAAAAAUGGAACAAGAUGUUAUAAAUUUGAAAAACCAUACUACUCAAUAUAAAGUACUGAAAGAUGAAGAAAUAAAACAAAAAGC